AUACGAUUAAUAGUUUAGUAUUUUACAUUCAUAUGUGCAAAUACUUAAGUUGUGGUCAAUUCUUUCUCAGAAUUUAAUACUCGCCGAACAUUAAAAAAAACCUAACGCCUGAAUUUUAUGCUCACUGAUAACAAAAACUGAACUGAUUUAAUUUUCAAUUUCAAAUGGCCAGUACAACUAGUGAACUCACUCCAUCUGAAGGUAAACGUCUGGUGGCCGCUAAAAUUGCAAGUGCUGUCUCUGGAGGAGGUAGUCCCGUACGCGUGAUAAAUGCGUUUCUACAAGUGCAGGACUAUCAAGGAUUAGACCGAUAUUUGAGUAAACAUAAAAUUCCUACAGAUAUACUAACUACAUCAUUGCAAACGGCAUGUAUGCGAUCUGACAGUGAAGCAGUCGGUACAUUUUCAAAACAUGGAGCCAAUGUGAAUUAUGUUGAUCAGUUUGGAACUACUCUUUUACAUUAUGCUAUGCGUGGAGGUGGAGAUGAAAAUGUUAUUAAAGCUUUAGUUGCUCAUGGAUUAGAUUAUGAGUCAUGGAGAUCUGAAGGAAUGCCCUUAUUACACUGGGCUUGCAGUAACGGCUUAAUAAAUUUAGUUGAGUACUUGAUUGAAAAAGGUACAUCCUCCUUACAAGAAGCGGAUGAAAAUGGUCGUCUACCAAUACACGUUGCAUCGGUAUUCGGGCAGCCAGUUAUUUUGUCCUAUCUGAUACGUGCACAAUCCACUCGUCUACAUCCUGUGUCUGUGCCAGCCCAAUUUUUAUCCGCACUGAAUGAUGAUAAUGAAUGUUCUGAUGAUGAAGGUGACGAAAAGGAUAUAAGCAAUAUAGUCGGCAAACAGAAAGAAAAUAGGUCUCAUUCAAAAUUAUUAGCAAUGAAAAGAAAAGAUUCGACGGAUUUUAAUAAGAGCAUGAUGAAAACAGUAGCAGCUGCAAACUAUUUAGAUAUGAACCAUUGGACACCUUUACAUCAUGCAAGUUGUGAAGAUGCUGUAAACUAUUACCAUGAUUGUUUGAAAAUUCUACUUGAUAAUGGUGCUGAUCCAAUGUUGCCUACCUCACAAGGUAAAACUGCAUUGGACUUAGCAUAUGCUGCUGGAAGGUCACAAAUAUUAGUAGAUGUUUUACCAAAGAGACAAUUAAUCGCUUUGCUAAUGUUAAUCGACGAUAUUGUUCCACUUAAUGUAAGAAAAAGAUUAAAUGAAGAAGAGAAACAGAAAGAACGUUCUGGACUUGGUAACAUAGCAGCCUGUGAACCUUACGUGGCAAUGAGUGUAAAACGAGAACUUAGUCCAGGUGUGAGUAGUGAAAUGCGCAAAAGAUCACGGAAAGGUUAUUCAUUUAUUCGUCGUAUGGCUGAUAAGAUGGAUACAUCUGAUGGUAAUCAGGGUCAAUUAAAAAGCUUUGGGAAAAGUUACAAGGCGGACUGCACAAAUGUAAUUAGCAUAUGGCGUAAGAUUCUGCUGAACGAUAAUGUGGAACUGUUAACAACGUUAAGAGACUCUCUGGUAUGGAGACAAAACAAAUCAAACACUCCUACAUCUGCUACUGAUUUUAGCAGAAUAAAUGAGAGUUUAGCCAUGCCUGCAGAUCAGAUAUCACUGGAUGAUUUUGAAAGUGCUCAACAAAUCAGCUUGAAGCAAAUGUACGAACUAUUCUCUGAUUGUUACGAAAAUGGUACUGGAGUGUUUACACAUGUUCAAGCAGAAUUCCAUGAAACGUUAAAAGCCCACGACUUUAGAACAGUUCUACAAUCAAUGACUGGCUUACUUACGUUCAAUUCGUUAAGUACUGAUAAAAUUGUCAUUCUGCGUCCCAUGCACAGAUCUCUUUUAUUUUUAGCAAUAAUCUGUGGACGCUUUCGUGUAGUUGAACAGUUGCUUCGCAUGAGACAAUUCGAUAUUCUACCAGCAACUGUUUUGGUGACCCUGAUUCUUCGUCGUCUUCAUAAACAACCUGGUUUUCCCCAACAGAUGCUGAGUGAAUUGAGCACUUUUGCGGAUCGACUAGAAUCUAUCGCUGUUGAUGUAUUAAACUUGGUUUUUCUCAAAGACAACACCCCAGAAAAAAUGAUAUGUCGCUCAAUGCUGAGAGCACCGUUGCGUACCUUUGGAGGUAUUUCUUUAAUAGAUUUAUGUGCGAAAGCAAAAUGUACCAGUGUAUUAAGCUUGUCAUGUUGCCAGCGUCUUUUAGAUGAACGAUGGCAUGGAGUUCUGAUUUGUUUACCUAUAUGGAUGAGGUGGACAUGCAAAUUCUUCCCCGUUGCUGGUAUAUUUUACUUUGAAUAUAAAAGGAAUAAAGAACGUAGACGUGCAGCACUACUACGAACUAUGGCUGCUAAUUCUGCAAUGGGAGGUAAAUUGCCUUGCAACUUAUUGAAUGAUUCACUGGCACGUACAGACGGAAUAUCAUCCUCUGUAAAUAUGUUAUCUAAAGCUCUUCCAGCCACACCGCAACUAAUGAUUAAUCCAGUGAACCAAAAAAAAUCAAAGUCGCAAAAAACUCAAAACGCCUUACCGACAUUUCCAAUACAAGCACCUGAACCUGAAGUAAGCAUUUAUGACCGCAUGUCGAAUCAAUUUGGCUGGAGUUCUUCUCCAAGAUGGCAUUUUGUUACUGGAGUCUAUUCAUCACCAACAAUGAAAUUUUGCUUACAUUCCCUUUUCCACUUGUUAUUUUUAUUAUUAUUUUCAUUUGUAUGCGUAUACGAUUUAAAAUUUCCCCUAAAUCGUAUGGAAUUAAUUUCACUAUCUUAUGUCUUGGGAUAUGCAUUCGAAGAAAUGAGACAAAUCGUACUUGAAGCAUCUCGAGAUGGAUUUGGUGAUUAUUUCAGAGAUGGGUGGAAUUGGAUAGAUUUAUUUGCAAUCGGAUUAACAUUUAUUGGCUUUUGCAUAAGAAUGAAUGUGGUGAAUAAGUAUGCAUCGCUUUUUGAUGAAGCCCAUGAUCCUGUACUUUAUUUAACUCGCAAUCUGUAUAUGCUUGGUCUUAAUCUUUUUUACAUGAGAACUCUCUACAUUACUUCUAUUUCUCCCAUUAUUGGUCCUAGAUUAAAAAUGAUGGCUGAUAUGUUACGUAAAGAUUUAAUACCACUGUUAUUAGUAUUUGCAAUCUUCAUAUUCUCUUUCGGAGUAUGGUUUCAAGGAUUAAUUUUUCCAAAUAGCUUUUUUGAGACACCAGAACAACGCCGACAACCGAAUCUUAUGAACAGCACAGAAUAUUCUCGACAAAGAGAUUUGCAGAGACUAGGACUAGCUAAAUCAUUUACUGGAUUAUUCAGGCGCGCAUUCUACAGCAUAUUUGAAGUAAGCAUUGUUUUGGAGGAAGAAACUUGUGAAGAUAACAAAUAUUGUGGAAGUGUAAACGGAUUUCAUACAGUCACAUUCUUUGUCCUGGUAUUAUACGUUGGCAUUGUUAAUAUUAUCUUAAUCAAUUUACUUAUUGCGUUAUUCAGUAAUACUGUAUCAAGAAUAGAUCAAAAAUCGACAGCACAUUGGCUAGCAGGACGAUAUAAAAUGGUAAAAGAAUACAGUGAACGAACCAUGUUGCCUCCACCGUUCAAUACUCUAUGCAUUAUUUAUGAGUUACUACGAUGCUUUUACAUCGGAACUGGUCAGUGUAUUUGUGCAGAUUUAAAAAAUUCGCAUAAAAGAAAUAAAACAUUAUUAAAAAUGGAAUCGAAUGGUGAGGCAGAUGGACAAGAAAAUGAUUCACCUGAGGAGGAAAAUAGCAAUGCCAAAAAAAAUUUGACUCGACAGAAUCACCUAAUUAAGAUUAAACAACAAAAUAAUAGACGAAUUAAAAAAUUGAUGGGUGAAUCAGAUGACUGUGUUAAGUCAUACAAACAAGAGAUCGAUGGAGUACUGAAAUUCAUCUUAAUACAAAGUUUUGCAUUGCAAAACAAUAGACAUGCAUUGGGUACAGGGAUUAGUUUCCGUGGUCCUUAUACCAGUCAAACACCAAAUACCUCUGAUCCAGCAGCGAAUAGUGAAAGUAUGCAGGCACGACAUAAUCAAAUAGACAGCCGCUUAGAACGCAUUGAAUCAAUUCUCGAAAGACUUAUUGAUUGUGUCAAUCAAAUUAAAGUGAGUGAGACUUCAUCACGGGAAACGCCAAAUGUACGUUCACCCAUUCCAGUACGUAUGCCGUCUGUAAAACUAGCUUAUGCUCCCACUGAUUCAUCAGUUAAAGCUGUAAAAAUACCAACAUCAAAGGAAAUGUUUCAGCAGGUUAGUGAACAGAUGGAGGCGAGAAAUGAAACUGAUAAAUCUCCUAACACUGGAAGACCACCAUCUAUAAAAAUACAAAAUUCAUUUUAACAUCUAUUGGUUAGUUUCAUAAAGGUGUCAAACACUAUGAAAUCGUCCCACUUAAGCAUGCAAAAAGUUCAAUUCUUUCUAAUAAUUCAUAAAAUUAUUUUGUCUUAAAUAAGAGGUGGAAGAAUGUAUAAAUCCAGAAGUUUUAAUCCCUUAUUAAAAAGUUACAGUUCCUGUAGUCAUUACUGUAAAGAAUACACAUUUUUAUUUUUACUGCUACAAAACUCUAUGGAAGAUUAACAGUGAUAACAUUAUUUCAAGCAAUCCAUUGCAGUAUGAAAGACUAAAAUUUGAAAGUAGCUAUUUUAUUCGCCUUUGUUCAACAUUAUGACAAUUUUCAGUUUAGCUUUCACUCUUUAGUUUAUUUUCAUCAUUGGAGUGCUUUUCAUCUUUCCUUUUCUACAACUUGAUAUUUAAUAAAUGUAUGAAAUAAAAAAGACAAAGGAAAAACGUUAGAUUUGACAUCCUCUGUCUCUCGCUAUAAGUGAACAAUUAUUCACCUGAAAAAAAUUGUGUUUACAGAUAAUUUUUUUUUCCCAUUGGAUUCUAAAUUUAGAAACUGUUAAUGAUAUAUUUUAGUUUUUAUCAGUUACUAUUGUACAAUCGACGUAAUAUGUGUUCUACUGUAAAUCCUAAUGUAUUCCAAUGUGAUCUUUAUUCAAAUUAGUUUCCAUUUAUUUUCAGAAGAAAUUAAUUUACAAUUGAAGUGUAAAACUAUCUCCUAAUGAAGUUUAUACUUAAGAGCCAUUGAUGUUGUACAUUUAAUAUUGUUAAAUAAUUAAAAUAUCAAAAAAGAAACGAUUAAAAUCUUAUUUUAUCUUGUGUUGUACCUAAGUCAUGUUUUCACAAAGUAAAAUUAAUCAAUUCUGUUUAUUUUAUGUUAUUAAUUGACAAGAUCAAAUCUCUUUAAAAAAAACACAGUAAAUAAUUUACAUUAUUAAUUCGCACCAAAUAUCUACAAAAUUUCUGACAGAAAAUGCUUUGCAUUUCAAAUUGUCUCAGAGACCUUCAUUAAAAUAUACUUUUUUGCAAUAAUGGAAUUGAA